AUGUCUUACCCAUUCUCAGGGAAUCGCCAAUCUCAGAGCGAUUACAGAAGCCACGAUUACUCCACACGGCAGCCGCCUCAUCAGGGCGGCCAAUAUUACGACGACGACUAUUACAACGCCGCUCAGUCUUCGGGUGCAUAUCCAAUGAGCGGAGGCGAGCAAUACCGGGACAACUACUAUCCUUCCAACCACCAACACCAGCACUCCAUGAGCGGCAACGACGCAGCAGACGACACGCUUCGCGAUCACGGCGCACAGGGCUACAGCGAGAAGGCAGCCGUGGCCGCCACUCCAGGUGGCGGCACCACGCCUGGUAGCACCGACGCUUACGCCAACUACGGCAGCCGUGGAAAUGCCAACCGCAACUCCAUCUUCUCACAGCAAGACCGCCACGUCUUCUUCAAGCGCUCAGUCCCCGUCAGGGCGCUCCGCUCCAUCUUCUGCAUCGUCCUCUGGACGAUCAUCAUCAUCAUCACCGUCAUCCUCCUUGUGGUCCUCUUUGCCCGACCACCCAACAUUGCCCUCCUCUCCGUCGACCCGCCUACUGCCCAGGACUUCGAUGUGAGCGGGACGAGCUUCACGGCCAAUGGCUCGGUCAACUUUGCCGUCUCCAACCCCAACAGCUUCUCGGCGACGAUUACGCAUUUGAAUGCGCAGCUCUUUGAUGCGAAUCUGCCUAAUGAUGUACAGAUUGGCAACGGCACGCUCAAGGAUCAGAAGAUCAAGGCCAACGACAACACGACGAUCGUCUUCCCAUUCACGCUGGGCAUCAACUUGCAGAACGGGGCUGAGGCCUUGAUUCAGGACGUCGUCUCAUCGUGCGGGUUAGACCCUAGCAGCAGCUCGAAGGCGUCGGGUAACCUCAAUGUCCGUCUAGCAAUCGACGCCCACAUCUCCGUUCUCUCCAUCGGGGUCAGCGUCCCCGUCAACCGCAACAUCUCCGUCGAGUGUCCUACCAAUCAGCUCGCAGACGUCAUCAAGAGCAUCACAGGGGCGGUCGGUGACAUUGGGUCGGCGGUCCAGAGCAUCCUCGGCGGUGGCAGCAAGAGGAGUUUCGCUACACCGCUUCCUCUGGACGGAUCGUCGAUGCUGGAGCGUGACGGUGCUGGCCAAGACGACUUGCCGGCACAGCUGGAUUUGUUGAGUCGGCGUGAAGUCCUCGGCAAGAUCGUCGAGGCGUGGCUCCCGCGUAGCGCUGCUGGUAGCAAGCCCCUCGCUAUUCGCGCGCCAGGCGACAUCGAGCUCUGA